AUGCCUCUAUUCAAUCGUCUCCGUGGAGUAAUAUCUGGAAACCAAGCUGACGUGGACCCUCAUUGCUGGAAGCUACCAUCUUCAUACUCGAGCUGCAAGCCUGGCGGCAAGCAGACAGUCAUCCCGGACCCCAGCAUCUUCGUUAAUGCCUUCCCCCCUACCGAUGCAGAGGUGGGAAAUACAGCCACCAUCUUGGCCUGUCCUGAUAUUAGCCAUGCCGCCGUGCAUUUGGCGCUGCUUGAAUGUUUUCGGACCUUGCGGCUUGAAGCGAGCGCACUCCAGGUUGACGUUCAUGGCCUGCCAGCAUAUACCGAGAAGCCCAGAGAUGACAUCCCCUCGACUAGAACGACCGGACUUCCCGAGUCCCAAAGAUGGGAUCUCCUGAUCAGAUUAGCCGUCUCCCGGUUCGCAGUUUGGUGGACCAACAUUGACCACGUCCUGGUCCAUAUUGCGGCGUAUGGACACCAUGCAGGCGACAAGGUCAUGGUCCAGCUGACCAAAGAGUACCUCCCUCCCUUGGACGUGUUACUCGUCUGGUACGCCUUCAUGCUCGAUUCGGAUGCAUACAACGCCGCUUGCCGUGACCAUGAGCGCCGGGUUGCUCGGCUCGAGCAUCUCUGCUUUCCCUGGCUGGCGAUCCGCGACGUUAUUGACAUGGACCGAUUCCGCUUUGAACUGCCUCGCACUGCACAAAACCUCUUCUCUACUUUGUCAACCCAGUCUUCUGACAUUUUGACCUACUUGGAGAGCCCUCCGGCCUAUACUGAGGGUGAAAUUCUGCCAUUCGAGGCUGACCUCUUCGCCGAGGUUAAAAAGCAGGCGAAGUUUAUCGACGACGGCCAUAACUUGCUUUGGAUACGCGCUCCUGCUCUCAUUGGGUCGUUGAAGAGGGCAAGUGUGGAAUACUCGGACUAUCAACUUAGGGGAGCCUCGCUUGAUAGUGAUGGGAUAGAUGUGCCGUUUGGUAUUGACCUGUUCUGGCGUACACAUCAACUGCAUCCGAACCACUACCGUCUAUUUCGCCAAGAGAUUGGGAACUGCAGGGAGACUAGUGGGUCUAAAGCUCCCAUGCUCCAGAGCGUAUCCUCCGGCUCAGUGAUAAAGGAUCUUCAGGUUGUCCCUGGGCUGUGCCAGUGUUGGACCUGCGAGCGCAUCCGAGAUGAUGUCCCAACAUUCACACAUACACCAACUCCUCCGACUGCAACGUCCUCUUCGGCUCCGCUCCCUUCUUCUACUAAUCAACAACUUUCUUCUCUUUCAUCGGAACAAUUACGCCAGAUACAGGACGAUCUUGGCUUCUAUCUCGCCGUUGAGAAAGCACGCCAGUGUGGCGGUCCUCUGCCGACAAGGCCGCCAACGGCAAGGGAGAAGGCAGCAGAGGCAACUGCCAGGGCGAAGCAAAAGGAGGUUGGUCAAAGGCCGGGCUUGAAUGAGUAUUUGGAGAUCCUACCUGAUGGCACACGUAAGAUCCGGAGGCAGAAGCACGUAAAUGCUUGGGGAAAUUGGACAUCUAUCUGA